CUGCCCCGACGCUACCCGAACGCGUUGGAACCUUCCGGCUUUGAAUUGAGCCGCACAAAAUGCUCGCACGGGGGCCCUGUCGCCACGAAAGGUUCAAAACGGUGCGCAGUACGCGAGACGCUGUGGCAGGGGCGUGUCCGCCAUCUUGUCUGAGCACAAGCGGCGCCCAAACGGCAGCGUCUCCCGACGGACAAGAUGGCAGCCAACCGGCCCGAUACUAUUGCUGAGUCCGAGCCGCGCGCGUUCCGCUCGUCAGCCGGGCGGGCGGCGAAUCAAACAUCAGGACGGUUUCCUGCGCGUUUUGUCCUCCCCCUUCCCUGCCUUUCGCCGUUCACUUCUGGUCAACCGAUGCGCUUGUGACGGACGAACAGCCGAGAUGUCCAACGAGAGCCGGGCAUCGCUGAAGGGGGAGGGCGCCAUGGUGCAUUCUCCCGGUGCCUCUGCUGCCUCGCACGUCCUGCCUCUCUCGCCUUCGGCCGCCGCCAAGCCACCCGAACUGCCAGAUGAGCUGAUCCAGGCGGGCUGGUCCAAGUGCUGGUCUCGGCGGGAGAACCGUCCGUACUACUUCAACAGAUUCACCAACCAAAGCCUGUGGGAGGUGCCGGUGUUGGGCCAGCAUGACGUCAUUUCGGAUCCUUUAGGCCUGAACGCCGCUCCGGCAGAGGGCGCAGACGGUAACCUUGGCAACGGCCAGAGGAAGAGGCGCAGCUCUGAGGAGCAGGCGGCCGGGCCCAACAGCCUGAAACGGGCCAAGGCCGAGCCCACUACGCCCAUCUCGCCCAGCGUGGCCGGUGCAAAGCCCUGGAGCGCUGCACCUGAUGACAAACGAGGCACGGCGGCUGUGGCCCCCGGCACGCCGAGCCCCACCCCUGCGAUCUACAAGCCGACCGCUGCAAGCAACGUAGGGCUUCACUUGGUUAUGUCGUGCAUGUGUGUGUGCUGCCCCAGCAUCUACUGGGAUCUGGACAUCCAGACCAACGCCGUCAUCAGAGAGCAACCCCCCGCCCAGCACCUGCCCCCCCAUCCCGAGAUCGAGCUGCAGAGAGCUCAGCUGGUCACCAAACUCAGACAACACUACCAUGAGCUCUGUCACCAGAGAGAAGGCAUCGACCCACCUCGGGAGUCAUUCAACCGCUGGCUGUUGGAGAGGAAAGUGCUGGACAAAGGUUGGGACCCUAUGUUGCCCAGCGACUGCGAGCCUGUCAUCUCGCCGUCCAUGUUCCGAGAGGUCAUGAACGACAUCCCCAUCAGGCUGUCUCGCAUCAAAUACAAGGAGGAGGCCCGCAAGCUUCUCUUCAAGUAUGCCGAAGCGGCCAAGAAGAUGAUCGACUCCAGGAAUGCCAGCCCGGAGAGCAGGAAGGUGGUCAAGUGGAACGCCGAAGACACCAUGAGCUGGUUGCGCAGGGACCACUCAGCCAGCAAGGAGGACUACAUGGACCGUCUGGAGCACCUCCGACAGCAGUGCGGUCCUCACGUAACGGCUGUGGCCAAAGACUCGGUGGAGGGGAUCUGCGCCAAGAUCUAUCAGUUGUCGUCUGACUACUGCAGGCGCCUUCGACACACGCACCUCAGCCUGCUGCAAGACCCGCCCGCAGAUGCGUCCGCGUCCUCCUCGUCCCCCCCCCCGCUGCCAGCAUCGUCCCGUCUGGUGUACUGUUACCCGUUGCGUUUGGCGCAGCCGUCGCCGUCACUCCCGCGUGUGGAGCUUCACUUUGAGAAUGACGUGGCCUGCCUGCGAUUCCGAGGGGAGAUGGUCAAAGUCAACAGGGGACACUUCAGCAAGCUGGAGCUGCUGUACAGGUACAGCUGCAUCGACGACUCUCGCUUCGAGAAGUUCCUGUCGAGGGUUUGGUGCCUGCUCAAGCGAUACCAGGUGAUGUUUGGCAGCAGCGCCAACGAUGGCGCCGGCCUGCAGGGGGCGCUGCCAGUGUCUGUGUUUGAAGCUUUGAAUCGCCACUUUGCUGUUUCUUUUGAGUGUUUCGCCUCGCCGCUUAACUGCUACUACAAGCAGUUCUGCUCCGCCUUCCCCGACACCGAUGGCUACUUUGGAUCCCGAGGGCCGUUCCUGUCCUUCCGUCCCGUCAGCGGCUCGUUUGAAGCCAACCCGCCAUUCUGCGAAGAGCUGAUGGAUGCCAUGGUGGCACACUUUGAGGACCUUCUGGAGCAGUCCGGCGAGCCGCUGUCUUUCAUCGUCUUCGUCCCCGAGUGGCGAGACCCUGUGACACCGGCUCUGGGCCGCAUGGAAGCCAGCCGGUUCCUGCGCCACCAGAUGAGCGUGCCUGCCUACGAACACGAGUACCGCUCCGGAACACAGCACAUCUGCAAGAGGGAGGAGAUGUACUACCGGGCAGUCCACGGCACAGCGGUGCUUUUCCUUCAGAAUGCGGCGGGCUUUGCCAAGUGGCCUCCCACGCCGGAGCGGCUGGCCGAGCUGACGGCGUCCUACCGGCCCUCGCGGUCCACCCCUGCCGCCGGUCCGCCUCAGUUAGCCUCCCCAGGCCCCGCCCACCAGCUGCCAGCCGACCGAGACUCGUCCGCCCUCAACAAGGCUGGCGACAGGGUGAGCGAUGCGCACGCAUCGCCAGGUGGCCAUGACAAGAACAACAACGGUGGCAGUCCGCAGGACAAGAUGGCCGCCAUCUAAAGGCAGGCACAUGCCAGAGCGCUCGGCGAUACAGGCUAGUCAUGUAACGUCUGGGCAUUGGUUGGCAAGGCAGCUAUCGCAUUCUUUUUCUUUCUCGAAUGGCCAGUUUAAGUUUGAAACGGACGUGUCGGCCGGCAUCAGCGAGCAGCCCAGCCCCCCUUUUGCACGUGUGCUGUUGCACAGACUCCUUUCUCGAGCCCAGAAAAAGAAAAACACCUUCACGGAUGUGCUGGCCUGCGUUUUAAAGCAAUUGUCGCCAACAUCCGAACACAAGAAACCGUAGCGGCUGUGCUUGGGCCAUUAAAUGUCUCUGCAGUCUGCGUCAAACGGGCCACGCACGCACUGCCAUGCCUGCAGACAUCUGCCCAAUUUAGUCAUUUUCCAACGACUGACAGGCCGAGGUCGGCGUGGCAACAAGUAACUAUGCUCACUUCAGAAGAGAUCAUUGCCGAAAAUGAACGUAGCCCCAAACGGCAAUGAGGAUACGCACCAACCGAUUGGCCGCCCGCCUGCCUGCCCUGUAAAUGCUGUACAGCAAAGGUCAUGCUCAUUGGGGGCUUUAUUGUCAUCGUUUUUGUAUCACAAUGUUUACCAUAGUUUGUUCCAAACUAAACCAAAGUGUUGAGAAGAAAAGACAAGUCUAUAUAUUGUAAACGUACAGAAAGAAGUGUUUGAUAGUCAACCCAGCAAGUUUUUUCUUUUAUGUGGUGAACUCAAACGCAGCACCUGUGCUUACAUGAAAGGUUUUCUUUUCACAAGGACAAGCUGAACGAGAUGCAAAAAUGACUUUUGUCCUCUUGUAAAAAAACAACAAUUUAUCCAAUGAAGUCUAGAUUUUUUACAAGAGUUUUCACAAGUAACAAAGAGAAAGUCGUAUGUGACAGUUUGUGUUGUGAGCGUUUGUCAUCUUGUGAUUUUUUUUUAAUCCAAAUGACGCCAAUCAGCUCUUUGUUCUUUUUUAAAUUGGCCCUGCUUGGCUAAGCGCAACAAGUACGUGCUUGUACAUAGGAAAACGUGGGACUGCAGAAUGUACGUAAAUGCGCUACGAACAAAAUGCAGUUUGAGUUUCAGUAAAGUUAUAUUCCAUCCUUCGG